AUGAGUCUGGUCGACUACUCAGACAACGAAGAGACACCUCCACAACGAAGCCUUAUCUCAGAGGUUCACCAAUCUGAUGACGCUGAGUCACACACCGAGUCAGAUCUAGUGGAACUCAAUGAGGAAGAAGCACCCGAGCCAGAGGAAGCAAAUCAAAGGUAUGACAGCUUCUCGACUCGUGAAAUGAUUCCUGAACGGUCAGUAGACUUAGAGAAUGAUGACACUUGGGGAUACCUUGAAAUAAUCAAGAAGGGUCAUCUUGAAAAGACUGUCACAAACUUGGGAGGGUACAUUCCAGAGAUUGCCAAGGAGUUCUAUGCUGCACUUCCCGGUGAAAUAACUCGAGCUUCUGAAGAGAAGGUGGAAGUUGUUGUGAGAGGUUAG